CUAAAGAAAUGAGAGUCCCACCAAAAGGGAAGAAUUAUAUUGUUCCCUUUCACACACGCUGUGCUCCGGGACAAUUUAUGGAAGUCUGCAAGCAAUUAAAGAAAAGUAAAGAUAAGAUGGAAAGACUGAAAAGAAUUGGUUUUGAUAAAUUGGUUGACAUAUGCUGCUCACAGAUCUAUAGAGAUUUUUGUGGUGAAUUGAUCCGUGUGUUUGACCCUGUAAGUAGGCAAAUUUCAAUUCGAGGGAAGACGCAUUUAGUGGGGCCCGAAGAUGUAAAUGAAUUGAUGGGUCUACCAUUUAAGGGGGAAGAUAUUAAAAUAAAUGUGGAGAAUGAAGAUGAAACGUUCAAGAAAUUAAGGAGUGACUACGGGAAAGUGCCAUACAAAACAAUAGGAACAUGGUUGAUUGAAGGAAAAGAGGAAGAAAAGUUUGAAUUCCUUUUUGUUAUGUAUGCACUAGGAGUCCUCUUGUGUCCUGGCUCUAGUGUAUGGGUGAGUGAUAAAGUGUUGAAAGUCAUGGUGGUGACAAAGGAUAGUUUAGGACACUAUGAUUGGAGCAGCUUAGUUUUGAAAGAAUUCUGCAACUCAAUUGCAGAGUUCAAGAAAGGAAAGAAGAAAGGAAAAGCUGAUGGGACGAAAAAUGUGGGAGGUUGCAUGUACUUCCUAAUGAUUUAUUGCCUACAACACUUUCCUCUCGGAAAAGAAAAGGCGGCAAAAAAUGAAAAUGCCAUUACUUAUUGGGAUGAGGAAAAAGUGAAGGCAAGAGUGAAAUCAGAAAAGAAUAGCGACAGAGGCAUACUGCAUGGCGUUCCGAGUGUCGGUGGGGCUUCAACAAGUGCAUCCAACACAGGAAUAAAGCUAACCCACCCUGAAAUCAAGAGAACGUAUGAAAGGUUGAUGACCAUGGUUGAAGGGUUGGUGUCGACAAUUGGAGAAGAGUUGGUUUCCCUGCAGUUGAGGUUGACGGAUGAGAUUGACAAGGAAGAUGUGGUGGAAGCAGUAAGUAGCGAAGAUGACAAAGAGAAGGCAACUGAAGAUGAAGAAACCGGUGAAGAAGGUAAAGGAAGCCCAAAAGAUUCAAUUCUGUCACAAGAGGAACAACAGAGUGAACCAGAAGGAGAUGAUAAAGAAGAGGGCAAAAGUGCUUCGCGUGAAGAAGAGAGUCAAUCUCAACCUGAGGAGAAAGGAGAAGGGAGUCACUCUGGAUCAGAGGAUGAUGGAGAAGAAAAAACACAAGACAAGUCUAGUGAUGCAGCAGCAGAAGAGGAUAAGGGUGUAGGCGAUGAAAUGGAGGAAAAGGAUGAAAUGGACCAGCAAGCACAAGGGCAAAUGGAUGUAAGAAGAUCAACACGGGUGAGAAGCCGUGCAAUCAAAUCUCCCUGGUUAGAGGAGGUGAAAAAAGGCCGUGGCAAGAGAAAAGCUGACGAGAAAGAGGAAUUAUUCCAGAUGUGCACGAGAAGAUGUGAUCAAGAUGAAGGUGCCAAGUACAUUGUAGAGAUGUAUGGGUACUUCUUGACACGUGCGAGCUUUGCUGCCUACAAGACAGGAAAUGGAUGA